AUGAGAAGCAGCGGCGGCUGCGAUGGAGAUAUGCGUACGGCGAGUACUCACAUCCAGAGCUGUGGAUGCGCCUUCGCAAUCGAAGAAACAGCCGACGACAUGUACCCUUCGGGGCUACGCAUCCUCGGUGUGAGCCAAAACGCCGUUGAAGCGCCAUGGGCUUAUGCCAGCUCCGUGUCCGACCUUCUAGGCAAGGAUCUUGGCCACCUGUUGCGCGUGGAAUGUGUACGAACCGUGCGCUCCCUCGUCACGCGCUACGCGCAAGCCUGCAAACCCAGUCAUGAGGACGAUGAUCAUAUCUCGCCGAAGGCGAACAGAAUCACGGCCGAUGCUUGCCCUUCUCCAAGGAUCCGCGGCGAGCUCCGACCGGGAGCAGCAUCAGGGGCCGAGGGGGAUAUUGCUAGUUUCACGGUGACAGGCAGCAACCCCGGCGUAUACCUGGUAGACGUGGAGAGGCACGGAUCUGAUUGCGCCCGAGUCGAGCACACACCGGGGCUGCUGCUGUUGGGGGAUCUGCUGGAGUCUAUACCUGUCGGGUCAAACCCUGUAGAGUCGACGGCAGCUCUGUGCGACGCGCUCGCGAAAAGCAUGCCUGCGUAUGACAGGGUCAUGGUGUACCGCUUCGCGCCAGACGGCAGCGGCCAGGAUGACGGAAGCGGCGAGGUCGUUCACGAAAGUGUCCGGGCUGGAGCUGAUAUUGGAUCAUCGUACUUGAAUCUUCGCUUCCCGGCUUUAGAUAUCCCUCCGAUAGCGAGGAAGCUGUUUAAGCUUGUCGGUGUCAGGUUCAUUGCGGAUACUUCCGCCCCGGCCGUGCCAAUGAUCACCCUCCACGAUCAAGCAUCAUCCCCUCUCGAUCUUUUCAGAAGUGCGCUACGGGCUCCCGCGGAAUGCCACCUGCGCUAUCUUAGAAACAUGGGCGUGAAGGCUUCUCUGGUAGUGUCCAUAGCUGUGGAUGGCGGUACGUGGGGACUCUUCUCCUUUCAUAGCUACACAAGGACCGUGCAUCCGUCUUGUGAAGAGCGGCUUUCGGUCGAAAUGGCGGCUUCCGUCGUCUCGUCCUUGAUUUCGCGCUAUCAGCGAGAAGAGAUCGCGGCGACCGCUUUGUCUUUGUCGAGAACGCUUGGAAACCUCGGCAACUACACUCGCGUGAACGACUUCCUUUCGGCCGAUCAUCACUCACUCCUAGGCAUCCUGGAUGUCGACGCUGUCAUCCUCUGCGAGCACUUGCGGUCCGUCACCUUGUACGGGAAGAAAGACAUCACACUCAGCCUGGAGGAAUGCCAAGAGCUUCGCAAUGGGGAUGGUGAUGAAAGCUCGGAGAUGGCGAUUUCGUUCAGGACGCUGGGCGCCAGGGGCGUUGCGUUUUUCUGGGUGCGUUCCUUCUUCGUUGCCUUUCUGCGCGGGAGCAUCGCGAACUCCGUCAAGUGGGCCGGGAAUCCAGACGCGCCUGUGAACAAAGACGAGGUGAUGACGCCCAGGGCGUCGUUCGAACUGUUCAUGCGUACAUCAGGUGCGCGGUGCAAGGCAUGGUCCCCUUUAACCGUGGACCUCCUCAACAUGGUGCGUCAAGGGUUUUCCUCGCAGCUGUACGCGGAGGCUCUACCUGCCGACCUGCAGGAGACGUUCGCCCGUGUGUCGCACGAGCUUCGCACCCCGUUCCACGGAGUGAUGGGGGCGCUCGAGAUUCUAGAGGCCGGGAACGGCAUCAUGGGAGCGGAAGAGCAGUUGGACGUCAUCCGCUCUGCUCUCCGGUGCGGAGGUUCGAUGAUGAGCACCCUAAACGACAUCCUUGAGAUUGCCAAAGACCGCAACAACACGGAGGUGGUCCGAGGUCGUUUCUCCGCAUCCGGCCCAAUCGUCCUGGCCGUGGCAGCCAUGGGCCUGUUCGCCGCCGCGGAGUCGGUUGAGCUUACCGUGGAGAUCGGGCCGCCGGACGACGUCCUCGAGGUCACCGGGGACAUGCGGCGCAUCAAGGCCAUCGUGCAGAACCUGGUGAACAACGCCAUCAAGUUCACCCCCAGCGGAGGAAAGGUUCGGAUAUCCCUCGUUGUAUUUGAUUCCCUGCAGGAAGUCACUGAUUGGUGGGCCAAGGAGACCGGCCGGUUCGGGGCCCAAACGUGGAUGGCGAGCUCCGGUGGCGAAUCAGCUCCUGGCACGGGAUCAUCCCAGGCGAUAAAGUGGCACGUAUACUGUGUGGAGGACUCCGGGAUCGGCGUGCUGCCGGCGGAUCUCCCUCACCUCGUGGAGGCGUACAGGCAGAUAUCGCACGGCGCUUCGAGAUCGCACGCUGGGACAGGGUUGGGGCUUCACAUCUGCAGGACACAUAUGGAAGCUAUGUGUGGGUCUUUUGGGAUCGCUUCCACGUUCUCUGAGAAAGACACAAGCGGGGGUACGUUGUUCGCCGUGGUGCUGCCCCUGGAUUCGGAGGAGCCAGGGGCGGCGGUCAACACUCAGGAACCGUUGGAGGCGGAGGUGAACCUAAGGCUUCUAGACCACAAGAUUCGACGGUUUUUCAAGGACAACGGGGCUGAUGUGGAGGUGAUGUCCGCCACCGACGGGUUCAUAGCUCUGGAGAUGCAUGAGGCGGCACGGCGCAAUCAGAGCCACGGCUCCGUCCUGGCAGGCAUGUUUAUCGACUUUCACAUGCCCGACCUCGACGGCAUUGAGUGCACGAAGAGGAUCAGGCUGCUUGAGGCAGACAACGGCUGGUCGCGGAUUAUGAUAUGCGGCUGCACCGCCGAUCCCACACAAGCAAUCCGCCGUGUCUUCCAGAACGCGGGGGGGGACGAGGUAAUAAGCAAGCCCUGGUGCCCCGGACAGGUAGAGAGCAUCUGCAACGCUAUGGUCGCCAACGUGCUGAACGCAGAGCAGAAGAGCGGUGGAGAUGGAGGCGCGUGA